AUUGAAAUAACAUUCCAUUCCCAGUCUCUCUCGCUCUCGCAUCGGCAAUAGUCAGCUUCCUCAUUCUCUCUCUCUCCCUCGUCUGAGUCGUCUCGAGACCCGAAGAGAGAAGCCAAAAAAGCUUCAGAGAUGAGCGGUCACGACUCCAAGUACUUCUCCACCACCAAGAAAGGCGAAAUCCCUGAGCUCAAAGAAGAACUCAAUUCUCAGUACAAGGAUAAAAGAAAAGAUGCAGUUAAAAAGGUGAUUGCUGCUAUGACUGUUGGGAAGGAUGUUUCAUCACUAUUCACAGAUGUUGUGAAUUGCAUGCAAACAGAGAAUUUGGAGCUCAAGAAGCUUGUCUAUUUAUAUCUGAUAAAUUAUGCUAAAAGCCAACCCGACCUUGCGAUACUUGCAGUAAAUACAUUUGUGAAGGAUUCUCAGGAUCCAAACCCUCUGAUUCGUGCAUUGGCUGUGCGGACAAUGGGAUGCAUUCGCGUUGAUAAAAUCACAGAAUAUCUGUGUGAUCCCCUUCAGAGGUGUCUUAAGGAUGAUGAUCCCUAUGUUCGCAAGACAGCAGCUAUAUGUGUUGCUAAACUUUAUGACAUAAAUGCUGAGCUGGUAGAGGAUAGGGGAUUUUUGGAAGCUCUCAAGGAUUUGAUAUCUGACAAUAAUCCAAUGGUUGUUGCGAACGCUGUUGCAGCACUUGCGGAGAUUCAAGAGAACAGCAGCAAGCCCAUAUUUGAGAUCAUGAGCCAUACACUUUCAAAGCUCCUUACUGCCCUAAAUGAAUGCACAGAGUGGGGUCAAGUUUUCAUAUUGGAUGCUCUUUCCAAGUACAAGGCAGCUGAUGCUCGUGAAGCUGAGAAUAUAGUGGAGCGUGUUACUCCACGACUACAACAUGCAAAUUGUGCGGUUGUUCUUUCAGCUGUCAAGAUGAUCCUCCAACAAAUGGAACUCAUCACCAGUACUGAUAUAGUUCGGAAUCUUUGUAAGAAAAUGGCUCCUCCUCUUGUGACAUUACUGUCUGCAGAACCUGAGAUUCAAUAUGUUGCAUUACGAAACAUCAACCUUAUUGUACAAAAGCGGCCUACGAUUCUUGCCCAUGAAAUCAAGGUGUUUUUCUGCAAGUACAAUGAUCCCAUUUAUGUGAAGAUGGAAAAGUUAGAAAUCAUGAUAAAGCUAGCUUCAGACCGAAAUAUAGACCAGGUUCUGUUGGAGUUUAAAGAAUAUGCUACAGAAGUAGAUGUAGAUUUUGUCAGAAAGGCUGUUCGUGCUAUUGGACGUUGUGCCAUCAAGUUAGAGAGAGCAGCUGAGCGAUGCAUUAGUGUUUUACUUGAGUUGAUUAAGAUUAAAGUAAACUAUGUCGUUCAAGAAGCUAUCAUAGUCAUUAAGGAUAUAUUUAGAAGAUACCCUAACACCUACGAGUCCAUCAUUGCUACACUUUGUGAGAGCUUAGACACUUUAGAUGAGCCUGAGGCUAAGGCAUCAAUGAUCUGGAUAAUUGGAGAAUAUGCAGAGAGAAUUGACAAUGCUGAUGAGCUCCUUGAGAGCUUUUUGGAAAGUUUUCCUGAAGAGCCUGCACAAGUACAAUUGCAAUUGCUGACUGCCACUGUCAAACUUUUUCUUAAGAAGCCAACUGAAGGCCCACAGCAGAUGAUUCAGGUUGUGUUGAACAAUGCCACGGUGGAGACUGACAAUCCAGAUUUGCGUGAUCGUGCAUAUAUAUAUUGGCGUCUUCUUUCUACUGAUCCUGAGGCAGCUAAGGAUGUUGUGUUAGCUGAGAAGCCUGUGAUCAGUGACGAUUCAAACCUACUUGAUCCUUCUCUUCUUGAUGAGCUUCUUGCCAAUAUUGCUACUUUGUCCUCUGUGUAUCACAAGCCCCCGGAUGCAUUUGUAACCCGUGUGAAGACUACCCAAAGAACUGAAGAAGAAGACUACCCUGAUGGGAGUGAAAUGGGGAAUUCUGAAUCACCUGCUCAUGCAUUGGACAGUGCUGCAUCACCACCAGCUACUUCAAGUAGCACUUCACAAGCUGUGGCAAGGCAACAACCAGCCCCUGCUCCUGUGCCAGAUUUACUUGGUGAUUUGAUGGGCCUUGACAAUAAUGACAAUAGUAAUAAUGCUAUUGUACCCGUUGAUCAACCCGCACUACCUGCUGGCCCUCCUUUGCCUGUUGUAUUACCAGCGUCAACUGGUCAAGGUCUACAAAUCAGUGCACAGUUGGUACGAAGAGAUGGCCAAAUAUUUUACAGCAUUAUGUUUGAGAACAAUACUCAGAUUCCCCUUGAUGGGUUUAUGAUCCAGUUCAACAAGAACACGUUCGGUCUUGCUGCUGCUGGACCACUACAGGUCCCGCUAUUGCAACCUGGAAUGUCAGCAACAACUCUUCUGCCGAUGGUUUUAUUCCAGAACAUAGCUCCUGGUCCUCCAAACAUGCUUCUGCAGGUUGCUGUGAAAAAUAAUCAACAACCCGUCUGGUAUUUUAAUGAUAAAGUAUCAUUGCUACCAUUCUUCACCGAGGAUGGGAGAAUGGAGCGUUCUGCUUUCCUAGAGGCAUGGAAGUCCUUGCCCGAUUCAAAUGAGGUCUCAAAGGACUUUCCAGGCAUCGUCGUGAACAGUGUGGAAGCAACCCUAGACCGGCUAGCUACAUCAAACUUGUUCUUCAUUGCCAAGCGUAAGCAUGCAAACCAGGAGGUGUUGUAUCUCUCCGCCAAGAUCCCUCGAGGAAUCCCCUUCUUGAUUGAACUCACAACGGUUAUUGGAAUCCCCGGGCUUAAGUGCGCAAUCAAAAUUCCAAGCCCUGAAAUGGCUCCUCUUUUCUUUGAAGCCAUCGAAACUAUCCUCAAGAGUUGAUUCCUGCGCCUUUUUCCCGUUCCCGUGUUGAUUUUUCUCUUUGGUUUUAUUUGCUUUCUUGUAUAAUUAUUGAGAUCAUGGUUGAUCUUUUUUUUUUUUCUUUUUCUUUUUCUUUUUCUUUUUUGGUACUCCACUUUUUAGCUGUCCAGCUUUUCUUCGUUCGCUUCAUUGAGUUUGAUUUGCUGAGAUUGGUUGGACUAAAAGUUUUUCCGUUUUUGUAGACUUUGUUGGAUGUAUUUGAGAAACAAAUUUUCUAUUAUGCAAUAUUAUAAGAAAGAAUUGCAGAUAAUCCGAAUCA